AUGGACAACGCGCUUGGAGAGGGUAACAUUAAAUCGCAAGGGUUCAUUUCGAGCCUCGUACUUUCAGUCGCCGGCGGUGUCGCAGUUUACGCGAUCGAGAAGCUUGCCGACGUGCUCGUCGAGCGAAUCAGCGGCCAACAGCGGCGUCAACGCUACGGAGCGAGUCGAGCCCAUCAUUUCGACGAAAUUCCCAUGGAAAUUGAAGAAUUCGAGAAGCGACGUCACAUGCGAUCGCAAGAGUUCACUCAAGACUUGAUGGGCCAACGGUAUUUCCAAUCGAAUGAAGCUCGACGACGUCGGAAUGAUGAAGUACAAUUCGCGUGA